ACUUCACGUCAGUCCGUCCCACAACUCAAUGCGGCGAAAAUGGCGGCGUUGUUGGAGCGGAGUUUCAUAGAAAUAUGUGGAUUUGAAAGAGAAGCGCUGCAUAGGUUUCGAGAAAUAACUGUAAACCUUGGUGUGAGUGCACUCCCUGGCGGUAUCAAAUAUCCAGACUGCGCCGGAGGUUUUCACUAUGAGGAGAAUGGAAAGCUGCUGUCAAUCACAAGCAACAGGUUUAUACACUGGUCUGCAUCCGGAGACACAGUGCAGCUGGUGGAGCAGUCCCUGGACACCAACCUGCUGAACAGUGCCGUCCGCCUCAAGCUUGUCCACUGCUCAGUUCUGCCUGGGGGCGUGACCAUCCAAGAAACCCUCAACAAUGUGUUCAUCCUCAUCGUCACCAACCAGAGUGUUCAUCGCCUGGUGCUGCCCCAUCCCUCCCGCAUGUACCGCAGCGAGUUGGUGACGGAGCUGCAGAUGCAGUCAGUCUUCACAGACGUGGGCAAGCUGAGCCUGCAGGACCCAGCACACAGCGCCGUCAUCCCCACGCCCGCAGGCCAGACCGGCGCUCCCUGCGCCUCCACCGCCUGGCUGAACCGGCAGGGCGAGGCCCACUACGCUCUGACCUCCCCGGCCGGAGGGAUACUGGUCGUCACCCUGCCUCCGUGCGACACGCAGGGGGACAUGACGGUGGUGGAGCUGAAGAGGAGCACGGUGAUGCAGCGGCUGGCCGGCUGGAUGCCCACAGCCAUCCGCGGGGAGCAGGUCCCCGGCGAGCUGGCCCUCUGCCUGGCCGUCCGGGAGCUGGAGGACGACUCCUUCCUCUUUGCCCUCUGCCAGGAUCAUAAGCUCCGCAUGUGGUCCCUGAAGGAGCAGUCCUGCCUGAUGGAGACCGACAUGCUGGAGUACAUCCCGGCAUGUAAAGGCGGGCGGCGGGCGGCUGGCCCGGGCCCCCGCCUGCGGACGUCCUUCUCCUCCACCACAGGCCUGUGUCUGGCCGUGUACCUGGCCGCCCCUCAGAGCGGGCAGUUCACCGUGCUCCAGCUGGUCGCCACCGACAACAACCGCUACAGCAUGGACCACGUCUCCUCGCUCUUCUCCACGCAGGAGACCCUGGUGGACUUUGCACUCACAUCGACGGAUAUCUGGGGAGUCUGGGUGGAUGAAUCCAACAACACCAUAGUCAAAUACAUCGACUACGAGCAUAACACAGCGGGCCAGUGGAACAAGGUCUUUGUCCAGCCCCCCCCAGAGGAAGAAGUCCAGAUCGGUGCCGACCAGGACCCCCGGGAGACCUACCUGGAUGUCCUCUUCUCUCCUCUACGCUUCACAGCCUCAGCCAUAACCAAAGCUCUGCAGAUCUACAGGAGAGGAUCAGAGAGGAGCGUGGACCUCUCCUGGGAAGCACUGAAGAGGGAGGUCACGCUGGCAGUGGAGAAUGAGCUUCAGAGCAGCGUGACAGAGUUUGAGUUCUGCCAGGAGGAGUACCGGCAGCUGCAGGUGGAGUUCUGGUCCAAGUUUUACGCCUGCUGCCUCCAGUACCAGGAGGCCCUGGCCCUACCCCUGGGCCUCACGGUCAGCCCGCACACCUCCAUGGUCUGCCUGCUGAAGAAGGGUUUCGUGUCCUACCUUCUGCCCUGUUUUGCCGUGGAUCACCUCUACCUGAGCUGUGACGAGUACGUGUUCUCGGAAGAGGAGACGGCCAUAACGGACGACCCAGAGGUGGGGCGGGACGUGCUCCAGCUGGUCCAAUGUCUGCGCCUGGUGAGCGACUCUGUGUCGGGCGACAUGGCGUACGAGAUGGAGAAGGCUCUGGAUCAACUGCAGUCACCAGAGCGGGCUGCGGAGCUCGUCCUGGAGAACAUGCUGGCCAAUGACAGCGACAACGUCAUCGAGGACAUCCAGGACAAGCUCCAGGACGUCAGAAACCCCGUGGCGGCCAUGAUGGUCCUCCUCCGAGAGAUGGACCUGGAGUCGGACGCAGAGCUCGCGACAGAGGGGACCCUGGCACCAGGUCAGAGUCUCCCGGUGCGCCUGGGCCUGUCCCAGCUGUACAGCGGCAGCGUGGCCGUCAUGGUGGCGUGCCAGGCCGUGUGUCAGAUGGCCAUGACCAGGGCUCUGUUCUGCAGAGACCUGCUCAUCCUGCAGAAGCUCUACCUGCGCCUGGGCGACAACGUCUUCCUGAGGGGCGGGUCUCAGUUACUCCAGCUGCAGCAGGACCUGAUCCCCCGCAGCUCACACCUGCUGUCCUCCUACCACCUGCUCAAGCACACCAGCCAGAGCCUGGCCUCCUCCGUCCCCCUGGACAUCAUCGACGCAAACCUGCAGCAUCUCUCUGUUCUGGAACUGUCCGACACCCCCACUCUGAGCAGCAACAGAUCAGUGUUGAGUCCCCAGACCGUGGUGGGGCUCUUCUACCAGACGGUGGCCAGGAAGACCAUCAUCUCCCAGAUCUACGGCCAGCAACAGAGCGCUGCCCCCACCACUGCCUUGCUUCACUGGCCCCAUAUGGUCUCCAACGUGGUCCACUUGCUGGCCCAGCUCCUUUGGCCCAGUAACCCUAGCUUCCUGUUCCCAGAAUGUCUGAUGGCUAACUGCCAGUAUACCCAGCUACAGGAGUACGUGAGGUUGAUUGGACCAUGGUGCCAGACGAAUGUGGGUUCCUGUCGCUUCAUGCUGGGACAGUGUUACCUGGCCAAUGGAGAGGGGCAGAAGGCUCUCGCGUGCUUCCAAGAGGCGGCCAGUGAGGUGGAGAAGGAGGAGUUUCUGGUGCGACUGACGGGCACCGACGAGGAAGAGGCCGCCACCAGCCCCAGACUACAGUACUACAACAAGGUACUUCGGUUGUUGGAGGAUGUUGGCCUUCCAGAGCUAGUUAUCCACAUGGCCACCCUGGCCAUAACGGAGGCUGGCACUGACGUCAGGAGUGAGGCGGCACUGCGGACACGCAUCUUCAAACACCACCUGGAUCUGAGCCACAACAGCCAGGCCUACGAAGCGCUCACACAGAACCCUGACUCCAGCAGGAGGCUGGACUGUCUCCGUCAGCUGGUGGUGGUUCUCUGUGAGCGUUCCCAGCUCCAGGACCUGGUCCAGUUCUCGUACGUCGGCCUGCAUGAUGAAGUGGUGAGCAUCAUCGAGUCUCGGGCGCGGGCCGUGGACCUCCUGGCCCACAACUACUACGAGCUGCUGUACGCCUUCCACAUCCACCGUCACAACUACCGGAAAGCGGGGACGGUGAUGUUCGAGUACGGCAUGCGCCUGGGCCGGGAGGUGCGCACCCAGCGGGGGCUCCAGAAGCAGGUCAACUGCUACCUGGCCGCCCUCAACUGCCUGCGCCUCAUCAGACCCAAGUACGCCUGGAUCGUCCAGCCCAGCGGCGCGGCCGAGUGCGAGCGGCCCGGAGCUUCCCCCAAGAGGACGUACGACGGGGAGUUUGCCGCGGAGCCAGUGAAGCGACAGGUGGACAUCCUGGAGUUGAAGGACCUGGAGAAGGAGUACAACCUGGCCCGCAGCCGCCUCACACUGGCAAAGCACCACCCGACGUCCGCCGGCAUCGCAGGAAGCGCGUCGGCAGUGGAGAUGGUGGCUCUGCUGGUCCAAGCUGGCCUGUUUGACUCCGCCCUGUCACUCUGCCAGACCUUCAAACUCUCCCUCACACCCAUCUUUGAGGGCUUGGCCUUCAAAUGCAUCAAGCUGCAGUACGGUGGCGAGGACAGCCAGAACGAAGCCUGGGGCUGGCUGGCGGCCAACCAGCUCUCAACCAUCAUCAACACCAAGGAAUCCAGCGCCACAGACGAGGCCUGGCGGCUCCUGGCGUCCUACCUGGAGAGGCACGCCUCCCCCAGCGCCCAGCACCACCGAGACGUCAUCAACAAGCUGCUGGUCCACGGCCUGCCUCUGCCUGAUUGGCUGAUCAACGCUUACAAGGGAGUGGAUGCAGCCUCUUUGCUCCGAAUGUACCUGAGGUACGACCUGCUGGCGGAGGCGGCGGAGCUGGUGCUGGAGUACGUGGACGCUCUCCUCGGGAAAGGUCACCAGUACUUUGGCAUCGAGAUGCCUCUAUCAGCCACUGCUCCGUUGGUGUGGCUGCCUUACACAGCGAUCGACCAGCUCCUGCAGGCUCUCGGGGAGAGCCAGAUCAACGCCAGCAUGUGCAACAAACUGCAGGAGAAGCUGGAUCACUAUCACAAAGUACUGGACCAAAGCACGAGAAGAAGGAUAGCCCAGUAGUGUCUCUGGAGUCUCCCUGUGGAGCUUCCCCUCGUGUUGACCACGCUAGUACGGUGCUCAAGACCAAAACAAAAUGGACACAUGUUUUCCCUGCUCACUUAACAAAAAAAAAGACUGUAUGGAUUUCCUAACUUGUGGUUAAAAACUGAAUGAGCUCAGGUGUUGUAUCAACAGAGGAGCCGGAGACAUCCCAGUGUCUAGGUCUUAUUGUAAAUACUGUCUGAUGCACCUCAAAGGUUGCCUUUAUGUUGUAUGAUUGCUUAGGUUUUUUAUAUAUACAUAUAAAGAAGUUUGUUGUUAUAAUUGUUUUUGUAAGCUGCCUUGAUCUUUUUCUAUCAGGGUUAUAAAUUGUCAAAAAAUGCGAAUAAAGUGUGCUUGAAAGUCUUGUUAGAACAA